UUAUACAGCCCGGCGAUAGAAAACCAUCCUUUAUACAAGCUAGUGAUAGAAUAUCACCCUUUGUACAAGCUAGUGAUAAAACAUCAUUCUUUAUACAACCUAGUGAUAGAAUAUCAUCCUUUAUACAACUUAAUGACAGCAUAUCAUCCUUUAUACAACCUAGUGAUAGAAUAUCACCCUUUGUACAAGCUAAAAGAAUAUCAUCCUUUAUACAACCUAGUGAUAGAAUAUUAUCCUUUAUACAACCUGGUGAUAGAUUAUCCUUUAUAUAAGCUGGUGAUAGAAUAUCAUCCUUUACACAAUCCAGUGAUAGAAUAUCAUCCUUUAUACAACCUAGUGAUAUAA